AUGUGUAGUCCGAGAUGUGCUCUACCAAAAGAAACAAUACUCAUGAAUGAAACAAUGGCAAGUGGCAAAAUUCUUAAUUUUAACGAUCAUCAAUAUACAAAAAAACGCUCAAAUAAAUCAACUGAUGACUGGCGUUGUCGAAUUAGAAGUUGUAAUAGUAUAAUUGUAUUAGCUCGUGAUGCUUCGACAGUUAUUCAUCCACCAACAGAUCAUUCACAUAUACCAGCAAAAGUUGAUAAAUUGAAAAAUAUGUGCAAAAAACGUGCAAGAGAAGAAACAACACCAAUAUCCCAAAUUCAUAAACAAGAAUCAGUUAAAUGUAGUUUAACACACAAUGACAUAUCAUUUUUACUGUCAUAUUUAUCAAUUGAUUCAUCAUUUUAUCGUGAACGAUUAAAAAAUUAUCCAGAAUUACCAAAAUCAGUGUCAGAUAUUACGUUAACUGGAAAGUGGGGUACUGUACCGGGACGAAACGAGAGUAAUCCGUUUGCUAAAAGUAAUAUGCUAUUUUUUCUCCAUCAAUAA